GAAGAACGCGGUCGAAAUUCAAUCAUUGGAUAAGCACUGCUGAGGCUAUUUUUGAUCCACAGGAUCACAGCAUGUCAGAAGAACCGCUUGCAACACAGCAAUUGCCAAGUGUUGCCUCGAGGCGUUAAUGGCCUGUUAUUUUAUAUAAAUGAUGACGUGGGUCUCUGAGUAUCUUACUUCACUUCAGCUGCUAUUCACAAUGACCAAACGCAAAUCGUCGAGCGACUCAACUCAACAAACCCACACAUCUAAGGACGGUCACAGUGCCAAGAAGUUAAGGAUCUCGCGCUCGAAGGAUUCAGGCAGCCGCAGCCCUCUUCCCCCGAAUGUUAAUCAUGAAGGUGCUUCAUCGACCUCGGCGGCUCCAUCUCCCAUGGAAGUGACUAAUACCCAAUCGGAACUUCGGGGUGCACAAGAGUUUCCAAUGCGCAUGCAUCCGCUUGCGGGACCUGUGAUUACUGUGGCGUCUGUUGGCCAAGGCGGAGAAGAGAAUCUUGAUGCCGUCGACAGUUUCCAGGACACAUAUCUCGAACCACUCAGAAUAUUGGACAAUGUUAUCAGCAAGAUCGCAGAUGUAUGGAUCUGCCUCUCGAUCGUAACCGAACUAAUCUCAUCCCACAGUUACAUCCAUAUGCAAAGAUGGCACUAGGCGUCUUGUCUUGCGCAGCCAAAAUUAUUCUAGCUCAAGCAGAUCGCGAC